AAUUUCAAGCCAUAUGCUAAACGGGCUCUGGUUCCAAUAGAGGACCCGGAAUGCGAAGCCAAGUGCGAAGGCAAGAAUGCGAUUCAGGUAGAAGAAGUGAAGCAGCAGCACCAGCACAACCACAAUACAAGCAAUCAGGAGAAAUUGGUCGAAUGCAUGGUUCAUGGGCCUGCGACCGCGUUCCGGUUAUGUGGAGUUGUGAGCAGGAGCGACAGUCACAUGACCCGCCUGAUUCCUCCGACCCGCGUCCAUGUUCGAAAAAAUAACUUCCUGGUGGUCGCCCUCUCCGGCUGCGCCUUACGACCCCACAAAUCCUAAAAUGAAUCCGCUCAACCCGCAAGGCCUCAAAUCAUGUUGUGCCUGCCCCGAUACCAAGUCUGCACGCGACGACUGUUUUCUCUCCUCCGCCAACGGAGAAUCAGACGAGAAAUGCAAGCAACUGGUCGAGAAUCAUCUAGCGUGCAUGCGGAGUCUGGGCUUCAAACUAUAG